UCACAAGACUUCAUUGUUAAAUUCGUUCACAACUGCAAACCCUCCCUGUUUUCCGCCUUUCAAUAUUCAUGGAUAUAAAAACCUUGCUAAACAAUCUUCAUGAAGAAGUAUCCUGUUCUGUGUGCAUGACCACAUUCAAAGAUCCAAAAAUGCUCCCAUGUUUACACAGUUUUUGCCUUCACUGCUUGGAAGGAAUUCUACGAACGAGUGGCCGCCAUGAUGUCAUUACAUGCCCGGAAUGUAGAAGAGAGAGUAGAGUCCCUAGCAAUAGAAACUUGAAGGAUCUGCAGACCAACUUUCGCAUUAACAGUUUGCUAGAUGUGUUGGCUAUCCAAGAGUGUAGCACUACAGGUGUCAAAUGUGGAAACUGUGACAAGAAAAGCACCCACAGUUUGUACUGCUUCCAGUGUUGUGCAUUCUGGUGUGACGACUGUAUUACCGCGCACAACAUAAUCCGGCUUUAUAAAGAACACCGAGUGUUGGCGAUUAAAGACUUCCAAGAUCAAGACAUCGAGGACGUGUUAAAGCGACCAGCAUUUUGCGGAAAGCCAGGGCACGAAAAGAAGGAACUGGAAUUCUUUUGUAAGAACUGUGAAGAACCUAUUUGCAACUCUUGUUUUGCAACCAUUCAUGGCGACGGCCACAUCAAAAUACUUUUGGAAGAAGCGGCAAAUGAAAGAAAGGCAGAGGCGAAGUCCGUGAUUGAAUCUCAAAAGGAAAUUGCGCAGCAGAUGAGAAAUAGAAUCUUGCAAAUCGACCAGCAUUGUGCAAAAAUUCAAGGGGAAGUCGCCAAUGUGAAAAGAAGCGUGGAACAGUUUGCUGAUAACAUAUUUGCUGUUAUCGAGGCCAAGAAACAGGAGAUCAUUCAUGAAGUUGAAAAUCAAGGAAAACAAUCACUCCAGCGACUGGGAACACAAAGGAAUGAGAUUGAACAACAAGCUCAAAAGAUUGAGACUGGAAUUGAAAAAACUGAAACAAUUCUAAAACGAAGCACAAACCCCGAGAUAGCACAGUUAGAGAAGACAUUAAAAACAAUCUUUCAAGAAGGAGUCAGACGUGAAGAAGAGGAAGUCGAGCGUAACCUUGAAGGUCUUCGACGAUUUAUUUUCGUGGAAAACGAAACAUUACUAGAGAAAACAAUCACUGAAGGAAUCGGCUCUUUCAAAACCUACUUUCCCAAGACUAGUGCGGAGCAAUCAAAUGCCGAAGGAAAAGGAAUCAAUGAAGCUGUCGUCGGACUUGAAGCACAAUUUGUUUUGACAACAAGAAAUGCUGAAGGAGAACAAUGUUAUGACGAGCGUGACUGUGUAACAGUGGAAAUCAGAAAUCAGCAAGGACAGGACUGUGCGACGAAAGUGCGAGUCCAAGAUAACAAAGAUGGCAGCUACAAGAUAAGUUACUUUGCUAAAGAAACUGGAAAAUGCGAGCUAUCAAUAAGAGUAAAUGAGAAACCCACUCAUGGCAGCCCAUUUUCAGUUCAAGGCAAAGCCAGAACGUUCAGAUCCGUCUUAUCAUUUGGACGAAAAGGCUCGGCUGCUGGAAUGCUUAGCAGUCCCUGGGGAGUGGCAGUGAAUAAACGUAAUGAAAUUGCAGUGACUGAGAAGGGUAACAACAGAGUGCAGCUGUUCAGUAGUGAUGGAACCUACUUAAGAUCGUUUGGUACAAAGGGUGAUAAACAGGGAGAAUUUGACUUUCCUACCGGGAUAGCUUUUGAUAUAAAGAAUGAGGAUAUUUUUGUGGUGGAAGGAAAUAACCACCGUGUUCAAUUGCUUAGUGAGCGGGGUGAGUACCUGAGCCAGUUUGGUGGCAAAGGAAAUCGUGAUCACCGGCUUGGGCGUCCCCUUGGUUUAUCUGUAGACAGUGACGGAAAUGUUAUGGUCGCGGAUUAUGGUGACAAACUAAUCAAGAAAUUUUCUCCUAGUGGUCAGUUUUUAUGUAAAAUUGGAGGAGAGGGCUCUGUCAAGGGACCCUGGCACUGCGUCCAGCAUGACAACUUACUUAUAGUAUCAGAUGCCGAAGAAAAUUCAAUUAAAGUGUUUUCUAGGGAGGGAGAUUUUUUGUUCAAAUUUGGAAGAAAGGGGGAGGGAGACGGGGAGUUCAAUACACCUCGUUGCUUGUCAGUUAACAAGGCAGGACACCUGAUGGUCUGUGAUAAACUGAAUCACAGAGUUCAGGUGUUUGAACUAAGUGGGAAGUUCAUCACAAAAUUUGGAACAAAAGGGAGCGGGAUAGGAGAGUUUAAUGAACCACUCUCUAUAGCAGUUCUUAGUGAUGGCAGAAUAGCCGUGUCUGAAUUCGGUAACCACCGCAUUCAGAUUUUCGAGUAGAUCGACAUGAUGCAGUUAAAUCAGAUGCAGCUGCAAUUCAGUAAGAAUUUUCGGGCCGCUUCUUUGUCAACUGAGUAGUCCCUUACCAAAACAGCUGUAUUUUUAAACUGAUUUUAAACUGUUUUGAACGUAUUUUGACGAU